AUGGAAAGCAUAUCCGAAUUCGAUAUUUUGAAGCCCAUUGAUGAAAGCGAGAGACUAGAAUUAGAGAAUAAAAUAAAUGAACAGAUGGUAGAAUUAGAAGUAAAGAAAAAAUACUUAGAAGAAUUAAAAAAAAGACAACAUGCUGUAAAAGAAAAGAAUAAUAUACAUUCGUUUAAUAAUGUUGUUGAAGAAUAUCCUGAUCCAAAUGAAAUGUUAUAUAAUUUUUUAGAGUCCUUAGAAAAUACUGCUAAUUAUAAUAAUAUUCAUCAUAGUAAUAAAGAGUCACAUGAACAAAUUAAUGAUAUGUCAUUUUAUUCAGAAUAUGAUCAUAAUAAUAAUAAUAAAAAUCAAAAUGUUGUUUAUACUGAACAACCUUUCAAUCAUCCAAAUUCUAUGGAUAAUAUUUUUAUGAAUAAAUCUUUUCUUUUGCAUAAAAAAAAAAAUUCUAUACCUAAUUUUAAUUUUCAUAUUGAUAUGUUCAAUAAAGAAAAUAAAAAAAACGUUAUACACAUACAACCAAAAGGAAUCAAUUUUUUUGAUAAAUCCAUUCAAGUUAAUCUUGUUGAAAAUAAUGAAGUGUCCCUUUUAGAUAAUAAUAUAUGCAAAAAAAAAAAUAAAAUAAAUAAUAUAAACAAUAUGAAUAAUAUAAAAAAAACAUCACUGAGUUAUAACACUGAAGAAAUAAGCGAGGGACAUAGAAAAAGUCAUGAUAAAAAGAAAUUAUUGAUGUAUAAGAUAAAACAUACGAAUGAUAGCAGAAUACAUAAUGAUGAUAAAAAAAAAGAAAAAAAAAAAAAUGAUGUAAAUAAAACGUGUGAAGAGAAUUAUAAUAACCAAAAUGGUCAUAAUAAUUAUAUAUACAAUAAAAAUGUUACAACGUUUAAUUACAAUGAUAAUACGUUAAAUACAUAUAACUCAACAUAUCUAAAAAGUAUGAAUAUAGAAAAAAAAGAGGAGAUAUUAAAAAGUUCUAGUUUUUUAUAUUUUCUUGAGAAUAGUAGUAAGAUAGUUGAGCGUUUUUUAGGUGAACAAGAUUUAUUUCAUUGUGCAUAUACUUAUGAUAAUAAUGAUAUGUUAGAAAAUACGGAAGAUGUGGAUAAAUUAAAAUUAAUAAAUACAUAUUAUUGUAAAAAAUAUAUAAAUGGUAGAGGUAUAACAGAUGUAAGAACAUCUAAUAUAUAUAAUGAAUUAUUUUUAGCUUCUUAUGGAUUAUCAGAAUGUAAUAAUUGUAUAGAACCUGAAGGAUAUGUUUUAUUAUGGAAUGUUACAAUGAAGAAUAGACCUGAAUAUGUAUUUACAUCAGAAUCUAGUGUAUGUACAUCAUUGUUUAAUAAAUUCCAUCCACAUUUAAUUAUAGGUGGUACAUAUACAGGUAAUGUAGUCUUAUGGGAUAUAAGAGCUAGCCAAAAGCCAAUACAACAAACAUUACUUACAUCACAAGGUCAUAUGCAUUCUAUAUAUUGUGCUGAGAUAAUAGGAACACAAAAUUCUCAUAAUUUAAUAACAGCAGAUACUGAUGGAAGAUUAUGUAAUUGGUCCUUAAGUAUGUUUACAUAUCCAUCUAAUACAAUAGAUUUAAAAAAAGGAAACAGAGAAAUUUCAUGCACAACAUUUGCAUUCCCUGAAGGUGAUAUAAAUACAUUAUAUGGAGGAACAGAAGAUGGAUCAUUAUUUCAAGCACAAAUACAUGGUAUGAAAGUAGGUAUAAUAAAUUCAAAUUCUAUACAUAAGGGACCUAUAACAUCAGCACAAUUCCAUCCUUCACUUGAAGGAAUGAAUGAUAAUAAUGAUAUUAUAUUAACAAGUUCAAUAGAUUGGACAUGUCAAUUAUUAAGUAUAAAAAAUAUUAAAAAUCCUUUAAUUGUAUUUGAUUCUUUUGAAGAUUAUAUUAUGGAUAUAAAAUGGAAUCCAACACAUCCUGCUCUUUUUUCAACUUGUAGUAGCAAUGGAAAAAUAAAAUUAUGGAAUAUUUUAUAUGAUACUGAGUCCUCAUUUUUUGAUGUUUCUUUAGAUAAUUCUUCUACAAAUAAAUUAACUUGGUCACAUGAUGGAAGAAGACUUAUAGCUGCUGAUACACAAGGAUACUUAACACUAUGGAAUGCAUCCUCAGAAAUAUAUCAGCCUAGAUUUGAAGACCUCAACAAGUUUGAUGAGUACAUGCAAACAUUGAAGGCUGAGCGAUUUGCCGACACACCACCAGAAAAGCAAAUAUCAUAA